AGGACUCUCCGGCAAGCGGCGGGCGGCGGCUGCGGAGUUGUUGGCACUUGUGCAAAAACAGACGCGAGCUUGCACCGCAUGACGCCAAGAUAGAGGAGCGCUGGCGUGCGUGCAGUAAAACAAAAGCCUCGUUAACCCCGCCUCCCUCGUCGCACCACUACUGGAGAGUGGAAAAGGCACAAAGAGAAAAUAGGUAGCGAAUCAGCGGUCUUCAUGUCACAAGAGGGCACCGGAGUCGGCGUCAGAGGGGGCAAACCGAGUUCCCGCGAAGGCGCUUCGCUUCUGCCAUCAGGCCAUCGUGCGUCGUCGAGCGAGGGCAUGCUGGAGGCCGGCGACAUGGAUAAGGAGGAUCACACGGGAUACCGCACCGAAGCCUACACGGAAACAGGCAGCAAUGGCGUCUGCACAUUCCUCCUCACAGCCAUAUCCAUAUUUUUUAUCAUCUUGACGUUUCCCCUGUCGCUGUUCAUGUGCAUCAAGAUCGUGCAGGAAUAUGAGAGAGCCGUCAUCUUCAGACUCGGUCGCCUUGUCAAAGGAGGAGCAAGGGGACCAGGUCUUUUCUUCAUCAUUCCCUGCAUUGACAACUAUACCAAAGUCGACUUGAGAACGGUGUCCUUCGAUGUUCCACCCCAAGAGAUCCUGACCAAGGACUCGGUGACCGUCGCGGUGGACGCUGUGGUGUAUUACCGCAUUCAAAAUGCCACGGUGGCCGUGACCAACGUGGAGGACUACGGGCGCUCGACGCGCCUCUUGGCGGCCACUACUCUGCGCAACGUGCUCGGUACGAAGAGCCUCUCGGAGAUCCUGUCCGAGCGCGAGACCAUCAGCCACACCAUGCAGGCGAACCUGGACGAAGCCACCGAUGCCUGGGGAGUAAAAGUCGAGCGAGUCGAAAUAAAAGACGUUCGGCUUCCAGUACAGAUGCAGAGGGCCAUGGCAGCGGAAGCUGAAGCAUCCAGAGAGGCUCGCGCCAAGGUGAUCGCGGCCGAGGGCGAGCAGCGCGCGGCGCGCUCUCUCAAGGAGGCGGCCGACGUCAUCUCAGAGUCUGGGCCGGCGCUGCAGCUGCGUUAUCUGCAGACGCUCACCUCUAUCGCGGCCGAGAAGAACUCCACCAUCGUCUUCCCGCUGCCCAUGGAACUCCUAAGGGGACUAAUCUACCGAGCACCUAGUCAAGAUCUCUGAGAUGAAAGCCUGGCAGUAAGUGAAGCUGCAUCUUGGGACAUCGAAGGGACGUCGGUGGAGGAGAAGCCACAAGCACCAUGGUACCAAGGCACAUGACCUUUGUUACACAACACACGUCCAUAAGAAGUUGUUGCGCGUAUUCAAUUUUGUUUGCGUUUCCUAUCUCCCAUCUGACCCAUUUUCACUCGAACUCGAGCGUAUGGACUCGAACCACCAGCUGGUAUCCUUGAGUCAAUGGGUGCUGAAUGACGAGAGUAUGAGCGGCGGAGAGCUGGGAAGCCCUCGCCCCUGUUAUAGAAAGUGCUGACAUUUUGUUGCCGGCAGCGCGUGAACAUAACUUGAAGAUGAAACCUAGUAGCAGACAACUAGCGCUGCUGAACUGCGAAAAAAAAAGGCCUGUGACAACAUGCCUUGAAAAUGUUGGUUGAACUAUAAGACCAAAACUAGUUCAGGUUCGAAUUAUUGACGUAUGUUUAUUUGCAUAUUGUAGCGAAAUGUUGAUCAAGCGUAGAUUGUUUUCUUCCUUUCCUUUUCUUUCUUUUUUUUUCUCAAAGUGCGUCCAAUGUGCGCAUUUCAUAGACUUUCUUUUUUCGAUAGCUAUUUCUACGUACAGUUCUGGCUGGAUACCGAUGGAAGAAGCCUGUCUUUGUUUUCAAGUGGCUAUGAGUAAGCGAUCUGCGCUCGAAAAUCGCCACAGUCGCACGUAUACGUGCUAAACUCAAAUGACCACCUUUCUUGAAUUAUACGUGUCAUGAAAAUAUCCCCCUAGGUUGUUUUCCAAAGCCGACUCGCUGUGUUGAAGAACGGAAGGUGUUACGUGCAGUGAUAGUUACGUGAAACGACAUUAAAUGUGGUCACAUGGUCAAAUUGCAGUCCUGCGGGUCAGAUAAGGCCAUGAGAGUCGCCAUUGUGCGCAACCAAUCUUCGAAAGCCUCUAGACUUGACGGCCGUGCUCGCGAUUCGCCAUGUAGCAGGCUUCGCAUUCUCGAACAACACACAACACUACCGGGCGCAGACGCGAUAUCAAGCGCACAAAACUCCCUACGCGCUAGCGCGCUCGGAGAAAAAGAAUACAGUUUUCGCGCUUGACUGGCAGCCAAGGCUCGGAGAAACGGCAGGAAACAAUUGCGUCGGGGAGACCUGUAGCUGCUGCCAUUGUUUUGAGGUGCGCUUGUCAGGUAUGCGGAUUGCACGUGACCCCAACGGAAGAUAUAUGCGAUGACGGGGCAAUUGUGAGCGAGUGAGCUGACUACCGGUGACUGCACUACACCGCCCCGGCUUUUGACAAAACAAGCUUUGUCUGCGCACCACAUCGCGUAACGUAAUUCACGCGUGGCGACGUGCCCCGGCGCCUUUCUAGCAUAGAACCUUGCAGGGGGAAUUCGUAAAUACCUGCGGUAUAGCGAGCAAGAUAAAAGAUAAAAAAAAAACAAUGAUAAGGAUAAGGGCAAGCGACAUUCUCUUCGCAUUUUUAGCCCAAUCAGGGGUUUGGGAAUCAUCCUCGCGCGGUCAAUUUAGCGAAAGGGCCGAACACACUUUGCGAUGGAAUGACAGUUGUUCGCGAUAGACAAACGCCAUGCUACGGAACUGACCGUCAAAAGUAAGUGGAAAUUGUAAGAUUGUUUUUCCUGUGCUGUAUUCACGUCAGAGACUUGCGUCAGAACCGUGUCGAGUAAAUUCGUGAUUCGAUAUAACCAGGAAGCGCACAAUAUAGUCGGAGUCGGGGGCCCUUUCUUCGAUAUACGAUGGAGAAUGUGUAUUGUUGGUCAAGAUGUUCUGGAAUGUGAAAGCGGCGAAAAAAUUAUAUUCACAAGUUACACGAAUAGCCUAGAAUCACAGUGAGUGUAGCUGAAAGCUUUGUACUACUCGAGUACAGGCUACGCUUUUCAAUUUCAGGCUGCGCGGCAAAGGCGGUGGAAAAUUUAACUCUUCCGUCGAUGUCUGGUUUCUCAAUAUUUUGGUCGCGGGUGUACGACAUACAACUAUAACACGUUUAUUUAACUGACGUAAGUGCUUCGUCAUCGUGGGUUGGAAUAUCACAAUUCUGAAAUAAUGCGUUCGAGGUUUUUACCAAAUUCACGCUCUGGGCGCGCGAAUUUGGUGAAAACAUCGCGUGAAUCUUGCACGGCGCAAGAUCACUACUGACACGAUGGAAAAGAAGUCCGUAUGCGCCAUACGUACGUGUGCCAAACACAAAUCGACAUGGCACUUCCAGGAAAGAAAUUGUGCUUACUAAGCAUUGAUGUUACUUCGUACAGUAUUUGUGCAGGGUUUAUUUGAACUUAGACCUGCCCCUAACCAUUUUCUCCUCCAUUUACUGAGCAGUCAAAAUAACUAGGUUAUGAAAGGUGAACGAGCUAUUGUUGAAGAAAAAAAAUAACGCUUCUGCGCAUACGGGACAUCCCAUGUCUGGUGACGUGAGCCCUCCUGGAGUGCGAAUCUAGUUUCUUAACUGGUCAUCAGGGCAGGAGCUUAUCAAGUGUAUCUGUUCAAGUUAUUAAGUGUAUAGAAGAUUGAUUCUUCUGAGUAGAUAGCUCUGCCAUUAGGCUAACGCUCUGAACAUAAGUUCAAGUUAUUGCUUAAAGUACCAUUUGCUAACAGGGCGCAGUUAAGCUAAAGAUGUGUCUGAGCAGUUCCGGCACGCGAGCAGGUAUAUUGGAAGCUUGUUGCUUAGUUAUAAGAACUCGAAUAUGGUAAUUUGGUGCUAUUGCAUUGAUACCUACGGUGCACGUGAAGUUCUCGCCGUGCAAAACUGGAGAAUGCAAGAUGCAUAUCCCUACGCACCAGAGUGCUGGUUAAAAGAAGCACCGAAGCUCUGCCUGCGCGCUUGUGACUGCAAAAGUUUCGAAGGCACAAGAACCUGUUUUCUGCAAAUCAUGGCAAUAGCUGACCCUACGUUCACUGUUAGCCACAGCUUUCGUGGUUAUCACGCGAAAGACUGUUUUUUCCCCAUAUCUGCUAAUGCAUCCUUCAAGAACAUACCUCUCGAACAUUCAAUUCACUUGAAAUCACUGAAAAGUACAAACAUUACUUAUCUCUACCGGAGGCACAAAAUGACACGUUAAAACCAGGUUAUUGGCCUUGAUUGCUAAUAUUGACCUUAAUCGCUAUUUAAAUGUUAAAAAUAACAUCACCUGACAAGCAAUAUGCAACACUUAAAUUUGUUGACCACAGCUUUGCGUUUCAAUACACAGCAUUAACCUCAGUGUCAGUCUUAGCACUGUGCAAUGGGCAUUAAUUUUUUUAUCAAUCAGACAGAGCUUCCCAGAACUUAAGAAAUAUGACGCCCCGUGUGCCUACGCCUACAGUGUUUCAAAUGCACCGCGCACUAGGAUACCUGGGAUUUACAUAUGGUAAUGAGUGAAAAUUACUCAGAGUAAAUUUUUAGUACAUUCGCAUGCGUUUGAAAUGAAUGCAUCAUCUUGCCUAACGUUUGAUUGCUUUUGAUCUUGAUAGUGAAAAAAAAAAUGUAUGUUUGCAGAUUGGAACUACUUUUUAAAGCAGCAGCAGCCACGGAGCAUCGCUGUGGUAGUCCUCAGUGUAUUGAAGAAAUUAGGCAGAAAAUUUCAGGUCGUUAAAUUCUUGAACUCGCACGUUUCAACCAAAAACCAAAACCACUUGACCGAAAAAUCGAGAUAAUUGCUAAUUUAAGACUUUCUAAUCGAAAGGCUACGCUAUGCAUUUUGCAACGAUGCACGUUUUCACUGUCCCAUAAUGUCGAAACAUAAUCUCACCGUUCUAUUCGCCGCUCGACUUUUCUUUCUUUAUUAGCGAAAUUGCGUUUCAGAUUAUUUCAUUGAAACUAGGUUUGUUGCCGGAUCCACUUAAUAAAAAUACUUUUACCCUUUUUUAUCACUGCCAGCCUGCGGGCUCUAGCACCACGUCAAUGCAAAGGGAAGAAAGAAAAGGAAAGUAAAGAAACGCCUUUUUCACCCGCCUGCUCUCCGACGGUAGAUGAUUCAGUACCACAGUGGCCUUCUAUCUAUAGUGUAAGAAAACAUUUCUGAAAAGGAGCCUAAUACAGCACUCGCUGGAGGGCGUCUUCUCUGACAGUGCUGAAAUGUAUAUCGAACUACUUUGUUUGAAUGCAGUUAUUUUCUUUACAACGAGCACUUGAUGACUUUCACUAUACGUAAUGUAUGCAUGAACUGGUACAUGUUCGCAGAAGCACUUGACUGACUAGACAAAGCGUGUGUGCGUGCAUCCGUCCGUCUGUGCGUGUGUGUUCGUGUGUGAGAGAGAAACAAAUUUGGCUAAGCUAAUAAAUGGCUUGAUAGGAAAUUUAGUCGCAGUAAGUAGCCUCAAAACCUCUAAUGAAUGUUGUGCUUUCAAAGAAAGGUCGAUCGUUGCGGGCGAGAAGGUAUCGGACUUUCUAAGGUCGUCUAAAUGGCUGAUAUUAUGUAGUAUCUGUGCGAUGCAAGGUCUUCUGUCACAAAUGAGUCAACAUAUUAAACUUGUUUCCGAUCUAGAAAAAGCUUUUCGAAUCUGCGUCAACCAUCAAUGUGUGUUGGGUCAGCAGACAUACCAAACGAGCAGGCGUUCACAUAAAUGCCGAUUUUCUGGUGUCUUGUUUUUUUCAAGUACGCUUUCAACUAAUAAAAAAGAAUGUUUGUCGUCUCGUUGCGCAAACGGUUGAGUGCAAUAUUUCACAUACCUUGUCCUAAAUGUUGUUUUUACGACAUGGCCGUUAUUUCUUUCUUACAUUGAAACACGUACGUUCUUUUUUGUUCAUCUUCAAUGAAGGAUAAGCGAUGGAUACACGGACAAAGUGAAGGCUCAUGGCAACCGACACGUUGCGCCGACUAACUUAUUUAUUUACACAAUGGACGAACAUUUCAAUGCACCUGAGCGCAUCGUCAAAGCCACAAAAGAGGAGGAAAACAUAAAUGAAGGAAAAGUAUGGGAUGGUCAUCUUUACACAUUGGUGCGUAGGCUUGGCGAAUGCGCUUGCAUCAUUGUGACUUCAUCUGUGUCCGUGUAUCAAGCACUGUUCCUGCCUUGAAGGUUUUCACUUAAUUUCCACUGUUAUGAUGUUCUGAUCAAUGUGAAAUAAACAUGAAGAAUUGGACUCACUACGGCGAUGGUGGUGGUGUGGCAGCAGGCCUGGUUAGCCUGGCUUGCUAAUCGGCAAUUGUUCCGACGACAGUGUGUUAGGAAUGGGUCUAAUUGUAAAUGACCACAUCCCAUCGUGAGUACCACUACACUUUACUGCGUUCAAAGGCUACAGUGACGCUUGUGCUUAAUGCGACAUCAAUAUUGACAAAUGUCUCAGCAAUUUCACCCAUCUGUACAAAUACUAAUUUUGUUUGAUUUGUGAUCACGUUGCUUGAAAGGUGGAGCGUUCGUCACGUGUAAAUGUUCACCGAGCAGAGGUUGAAUGUUUAUGCGCCUGGGAGACCGAUAUUAACUAACAUUACUGCCUCGAAGUAAAUGAGAAAGAAAUAGAAGAAAAGGAAGAAAAUAAAAGAAGUGCCCCAGAGGGACCACAUUUCUUCUAGUUUUGACGCAUUCAGCCUUACAAUCUUUUUUUUCUAGAACGGUCAGAUUUAUUUUUAAAAUUCUAGCGCCCUUACUGUGCUACAGUACUUAGACAGCGAAACAAGCUAUCGCAGGAUAAUCCAGGCAAAAAACUGCAUGUGAGAAACAACGCGCACAAAAGGGCGUUUUGCGAUUUUGUGCCAAGUAUAACAGCUACACAAAGGACCAAGUGUAUGGUUUUCCCAAUCUCUAAUCAUUUGCCUGCAAAAAAAAAAAAAAAGGAGUUUCAGAAACGCCACUCUCCGCCUUUCUGCUUUACCCCGAGAAGGCUUACAUGCGGGGACGGGAAGGCAUUCGCUGGCCAUCCGGCAUCCACGAGGCUCCCAAAGGCAUCUCGCGAUGCAUCUGCCGGACGCCUUUUGAAGUUGUGCGAGAGCAUUCGCCCACCGCCAUGCAUGUUAUAGGAAGUCGCAGAUCGUUGCCGUGCUACUAUAGCGUCCGCUCCUUAUUAGCGGAAUCUGUGUUCCACUCCUCCCCAUCUCAUCCUGUCGUUUCAUGUGCAAGUGUAGUGAAAGUGCAGCAGCUUGGUGGUACAGGUUAAGGGUCUACAAUACCGUCAGAGCUAAGCAUAUUGUUCCGGGAAUGUAGACCAACGGGUUACUGAAGUUUACUGCCAAGUCCACGUGUUCUGCGUUCGAAGCAUGUUAGCCUUCCCUUCCGUACUGCGACCACUGCAUUACAGGCACCGAAUCACACAUUAUGUACUCUUAAUAUAAUUUUCUUUGUUGUUAUUACGUAAAAAAUUAUAAUGUUCAAUUUUUUCUUAACAUGAUCGUCCGGGACAAAAGUAAACAUAACGCUGCGCUCCAUUCCGGCUCCUCUGGAGUGAAAACCCAGUAGCAUUAUUGUGCUUUUGUUUGUGUGGCGGCAUCGCCCACGCACGGUCACUCAUUAUAACUCCUUAUUGCAUGCAGUACAUGCGCGAUUGCAUUCUACAACAGCCCCCUGAAAGCGCUCUGUUUAAUACUUCUCUGGGGAAGAGCGCUACGAGAAAACUAGUACCGAAACUUCACUGCACGCAUUUAUUGUAAACUGUGAAGUAUCACGUCCGUUACAGUAGCGUCCUGUGAUUAAACGACCGGGUUUUGCGAGGACACCACCUCCAAAUACUUCAGGCGAUAUCUCACUGCGUUUAGAGGCCGGUACCACGGAGCGCACGUGCAAGUGCUUUCGCGCGGAGCAAUAACUUUUUUUUCUUUUGUCGCAGACGUCAUGCACAUAAUAACAGAUUGAUCGAGGCGAUGCAUUUUUUUGCACUAAGACAAGGGUAACAAGAUGCUGUGUCUCAACACUUCUUGGCAGGAAAACGACUAAUUGUUGCUCUGUCACAUGGACAAUUCUUGAUAUCAGUAGUUCUCUUAAGCGAAUACCACGUCGAGAGCGCUAACAGGGCCAUGCAUUACAACUAUGUCAUCUCUUCGCUUGUAUAAUAGAAGCACAUGUAUGCAUAAAAAUUUGAUCUCUGUUCAUCGUAAUAUUAUUAUAUUUGUUUUCCUAGUGAACGCUUUCACUAUCCCACUACUCCAGGAUUUUGUACCGACUGACCAAUCGAAUAAAGAUACUUAUGAACUAAA